GGCAUUUAAUUUCGGUUUCGUUUGCGUGCGCGUCAAAGUGUCUCGCGGAAGUGUCCAGCAAAACUAGAAGAAGCAGCAGCGUUCAGAAGAGAUCUGAAGAUGAUUCUGCAAUAAAAUAUUAACAAUUAUAUAAUUUGUAUAGUUGGGAAAUAGCUAAGAGAUCAGCCUUGAAUGUGCGGGCCAAAAGUUAAAGUUGAAUAAAAGCAAAGCAAAGUUGUUUUUGGCCGGUUCAAAGCGGUUACAACUGGCUGCCAGUUACAGCAGCAACAACAACAACAACAACAACAACAGCAACAACAACAACAGCAACAGCAACAACAACAACCACAUUAAAUCAGUAUAAACUUAAUUGUAGCCAAGUUAAAGACAAAUAAGAAGAAGAAGAAGACGCAGGCAGCUUAAAGUCAAGCAGCGGAAGCUUUAGACAUCAGCAGGCGCAACAACAACAACAACAACAGUUACAUUUAACUGUUAAAGUGCAGCUCUUUCGAAUAAUACACCGAGUCCAGAAUGAAAAUGUCGCAGCGAAAUCCAGCGUUUGUGGGCGACGAUGGACAGAGCACCACCAGCACGUUGGCCAUGUCGUCGCUGCCGGCAGAGACACAGACGGAGGCCGAACAGGAAGCUGGCAAAUCGGUCGGGAGACCGGGCGAACGGGAUACCUGGGGCAAGGGCGUGGAGUUUCUAAUGUCCUGUAUCGCAAUGUCCGUGGGGCUGGGCAAUGUGUGGCGAUUCCCCUUCACAGCGCUGGACAAUGGCGGCGGCGCCUUUCUCAUACCAUAUCUCAUUGUGCUAUUCCUAAUUGGCAAACCGAUUUACUAUCUGGAAAUGGUAAUUGGGCAGUUUUCCAGUCGCGGUUCCGUUAAGGUAUUCGAUUUGUGCCCAGCCAUGAAAGGCAUUGGCAUUGGACAGGUGAUAUCGAUAUCGCUUGUUACGACGUACUACGUAGGAAUAAUGGGUAUUACGUUAAAUUAUUUUUACGAUUCGUUUCGUUCGCCGCUGCCCUGGUCCGAAUGUCGUCCCGAUUGGGGCAACAGCGUUCAGUGUGUGGCCUCCAGUCGGGGCAACAUUAGCUCCAAUCCGAGUUCCAGCUUAAAUGCGUUUGGGCCCCAGUUGGAGCAGCAGCAGCAGCAGCAGCCCGUCGCAUCCGCCGAGCUGUACUUUAUUAAGGAGGUGCUGCGCGAGAAGGACCAGAUUGCGGAUGGCAUUGGUUUGCCCAACUGGGAGCUAGUCGUUGGCCUCUUAAUCUCCUGGCUGUGCGUUUUUCUGAUCAUACGGCGCGGCGUCAAGAGCUCGGGCAAGGCUUCCUAUUUUCUCGCCCUGUUUCCGUAUGUCGUCAUGGGCGUACUGCUGGUGCGUGCGGUAACCCUGCCUGGCUCUGUCGAUGGCAUUUGGUAUUUCAUCAAGCCCAACUGGAGCAAGAUCUUGGACCCGAAGGUCUGGUAUGCGGCUGUCACGCAAUGCUUCUACUCGCUGUCCGUUUGCUUUGGCAACAUCAUCAUGUACUCGUCGUUCAACAAGUUCGGUCACAAUGUGCAUCGGGAUGCGACCAUUGUGACUGCUCUGGAUACGGCCACCUCUCUAUUGGCCGGCUUCACCAUCUUUGGCAUAUUGGGACACUUGGCGCACGAGAUCGGCACGGACGACAUUGGCCAGGUGGUCAAAGGUGGCGCCGGACUCGCAUUUAUAUCGUAUCCCGAUGCCAUAGCCAAGUUUAAGCAGCUGCCACAGAUCUUCUCGGUACUUUUCUUCCUCAUGCUCUUCGUCCUGGGCAUUGGCUCCAAUAUAGCCAUGACCUCCUGCACGGUAACUGCGAUACGCGAUCGCUUUCCCAACUUCAAGCAAUGGCAAUGCUCCCUGCUCAUUGCCGUCGUUAGCUUUGUCAUAGGUCUGAUGUACAUAACACCGGGCGGUCAGUAUAUGCUGACACUGGUGGACUUCUUUGGCGCCUCGAUGAUAGCCUUGGUUUUGGGCAUUGCAGAGCUGUAUACCAUUGGCUGGAUCUAUGGCACGGAUCGUCUCUGCAAGGAUAUCGAGUUCAUGCUGGGCCGCAAGGUCGGUCUCUACUGGCGCCUCUGUUGGGGCAUCUUCACGCCUCUCAUCAUGACCGUCAUCCUGAUAUACUUCUAUGCCACCUACGAGCCGCUCACCUAUAACAAGCAGCCAUAUCCCGCCUGGGCCUACGGCAUUGGCUGGACCAUCACUGCCUUUGGUGUUAUGCAGCUGCCCUUCUGGAUGCUGGUUGCCAUCAUUCGUGAGCCGGGCAAUACGUGGCGCGAGAAGAUACGCGGCGCCUUCAAGCCCAAAAAGAAUUGGGGACCCUCCGAUCCGCUGCUCCGGGAGCAGUAUAAUAAGAAAAUUGAGCACGAGCUGACGCCCAAACGGGGCCAAGGCUUUUGGGCAAGCAUUAAGCAGAAUUUACUUGGUUAAACUGUGAGAUCUCUGUUCUUUUUUUUCGUAAGAGUUGUGUGUAAAUAAUUGUGAAAAGUAUUUUGCGAUAAUAACUUAUAAGUGUGCCAAUAAAAUG